AUGAUUGGUAAAGUGUAUUAUAGUGUUAUUAUAAUAAAUAUUCUUCAAGUAUGUGCAAUUUUCAGUUUGACAGGAAGGAAAAGCAGUUUAACAUUUGUGAUUGAAGACACUAAUUCGAUGCAAUUAGAAAUUAAUGGUGUACUCAAUAGCGCAUAUAAAAUUUUUGAUGUUGUUUACGAUUCUAAUGCAUCAGUGAUAGAAAAUGUUAUUAUUGUUAUGUUUAAUGAUCCAGUAACAAUUGUGCGCAAAGAUACGAUAGAUCGCGAUGUAUUUAAGAAGUCAUUAAAGUCAAUAACAGUUCACGAUGGUGGCGACUGUCCGGAGUUAGCGAUGUCUGGAAUAGAAUUAGCACUUAAAGCAAGUCGCCCUGGUUCCUAUGUAUACGUUUUCACAGAUGCUGUUGCAAAUGAUUACGCUAAGUUUGAGAAAGUUGUCAAUGUAGUAGAUCCAAAACCAGGUGUUCAUAGUGUCGAAGUAGGAAGUUUAAGUGAUACAGCAGUGACGGUGCUUUGUACAACAAAUGUUGAUUUUCAAUAUGGAUUCUCCACCAUUAAGCCCUCUUCAAGAAACGAUACAACAAAUCAGCCUAUCCCAGCUAGAAAAAAUAUAAGCGAUGAUAAGUUUCAGUCCGAGCUGUACAAGACAGGAUAUGGAACAUUUUGCCCUAAGACAACUGCAGUCGAUGAAAAGGUUGUGGCCUUAUUACCUCCACAAUUCAAACCAUUAUCUAAUGAUUUUGACUCAUCAGCACCAUAUUACACCAUAGAUAUUGUUGAAACACAACAGCUAAACGAUACGCAAGAUUCUUCUCAAAAAGUAUUGGGUGCAAAAGAAGAUUCUGUGCAUCAACUUCAAGUUAAAGGUUCCAAAAGAAGGAUUUCACCUCUUCUGGUAUCUGACAUCACACCGAAAAAAAAGAUUUGUUUAACUGAAACAAAAAAGAAAAAUAUAAAUAGCAUUAGUGCUUCAAUAAUAAAAAGAAAAAACCAGAAGCAAAUGAAUGAAGAUAUCAUAACAACGGAAAAGUUAGAAAUAUUGCAGGUUCAACUUCAAAAUGAACAUAUUAUGAAAUUAGAAAAAAACAAAAUUUCACUGGAUCUUGAUAUUGAGUUAAAGCGGAAUCUUUUAGAAAAUUCAAAAACGUACUUAGAAUUAAAAAAGAAUCUUUUAGAAAAUUCAAAAAUGGACUUAGAAUUAAAAAAGAAGAAUUUUAAUUUAUAA